AUGCAUACGGGUGCGAAACUGCAAUUGGAGAUUUCGGACGUCCUCUUGCGGUUUAGACGGUUCCGGUAUGUGUUCACCACGGACAUCGUAAAGAUUUUUCGGCAGGUUGCUGUACAUCCAGCUGAUUGGGACCUCCAACGUAUCCUCUGGUCGGACCCUCAAGGGAAGACGGUCAGCUACCAAUUGACCACGGUCACCUAUGGUACGCGAUCAGCUCCAUUCUUGGCGGCAAGGGCGCUGCUGCAACUCGUGCACGAUGAAGGUCACCGGUACCCCCUCGCUGUGCCUCCACUCCUCAAGGGACGCUACGUGGAUGACAUCCUCGGUGGAGGCGACACAGCCAAGGAAGCGGAAGCAGUCGCGGUUCAGCUGACUCAGCUCUGCAUGGCGGGCGGGUUCCCGCUUCAAAAAUGGACCAGCAAUUGUCCAGAGCUCCUCAAGGUCCUCUCCGAAGACGGCGACGCUCCUCACUCGACAUUGGACUUCUCCGACAUCGCCACCAAGAUUCUGGGUUUAUCUUGGCAACCUCGGGCGGACCACUUCUGGUUCUCCGCUGCACGGACCUUUCGGGAUACGGUAACCAAACGAGCCAUCCUCUCGGAAGUCGCACGCCUGUUCGAUCCUCUCGGAUUCCUCGCACCCCUCACAAUACGAGCGAAGAUUCUCCUCCAGGAGCUGUGGCUGGAACAGCUCGGAUGGGACGAACCACUUCCUCCCUCCACGGCUCUCCGCUGGACAACCUUCAGAACCGAACUACAGGACCUGUCGGACCUCCACAUUCCUCGUUGGCUCAACCUCACCCCGGAAGUUCGAGUUGAGAUACACGGUUUCUCGGACGCCUCACAACAUGCGUUGGCCGCAGUUGUAUACCUUCGGAUUUCGUCCUCCACAUCGCCGACGGUCCUAUCACUAGUCUGCGCCAAGACCAAGGUGGCGCCCCUCAAGAGGCUUACCAUCCCUCGGUUAGAGUUGACGGCCGCUCUCCUCCUCGCAAGACUUGCGAGGUAUGUACGGGAUACCCUCGAGUUUUCCUCGGCACCGGUACACCUCUGGAUGGACUCGGCUGUCGCGCUGACUUGGAUCAGCCAUCAUCCCUCGAGAUGGAAGGAGUUUGUGCGAAAUAGAGUCGGGGCAAUUCAAGACGCCUUACCCGGCGCUCACUGGAAAUUCAUCUCAGGGCGAGAUAAUCCUGCAGACUGCGCACCUCGAGGUCUGACACCGACCCAACUGAAGACGCAUACUCUGUGGUGGACUGGACCGGAAUGGUUACGGGCACCUCCUCAUGAGUGGCCGACGGGACAGCCUAUUCCUCAUCCAGAUGCAGCCAUGGAAGAAAGACCGAAGCGUGAGGAUGGUACGCAUACCGUCCAUCCUGGGCACAUAAGCAUCGCCUACAGGGAAGCCGUCCGUUGGUAUAGGGCAUAUUUCCGCCGAACCCUCCGCGACCUGUGGGAAUGGGAUGAGGACUCAUUGCUGGACCUCGCGCCUCUCUUCCGGGAGCAGGCCUGA